UUCAUUUGUAAACUAGUUGUUGAUAAUACCAAUUAACUAAGUUCUUAGUCAUCUUUUAAAAUCUCUUCCAGCUGCAAAGUCAUGUCCAAAGUUCAUCCCGAAGAAAAUCAAAAGAAAACCAAGAACAGAAUAUUGAAGGAUGAUAAAGCUGUUUGUUACAAGAGCCCUCUCCAGGGGAGAACCCAUGAAAGUCCUUACCCUUCUAUACUCACCGUUUGGAAAAGAUCCAGCAUGAGUUUCCAAGGAACAGAUGGUUUCACCGUCUUCGACCGCCGCGGAAGGCUGGUUUUCCGGGUUGAAAACUACACCCGAAAGUACACAAGUUGGUCGUUUUCCGGGUGUUCCGGCAGCGGUGGCCAUAGCCUUCUCCUCAUGGAUGGCUCAGGAAAAGCCCUCCUCACAUUGAAACCACAGCUGAUGAGCCUCCAACAUGAGUGGACAGCUUAUAGAGGCGAACUAAACCAACACGGCAGCAGCACUUCAUCCCGGCCGGAAUUUACGAUGAGGAGGCCUACUUCAUCUUUGUUGAGUAGUACUAUGAAUAUGAUUGUCGCCGGGAAUUUCAAUAGUAAUUCUUCAUGCGAGGCUGAAGUCUUCUUUGUUGGGGAAGCAAAAGGCGCCGGCGAGACGACGAUGACGACCGGCCGGACGUCGUCUUCGAUGACACCUGAUCUAACAGUACAAGGUUGUUUCAGGAGGCGAAAUUGCAAGAUCGUUACGACGGACGGCGGUGGCCGGCUGGUGGCGACCGUAUCCCGGAAAAGAAUUAACUCCACCCUUUUGCUAAGCGAUGAUGUUUUCCGGCUGAAAAUACAACCUGGAUUUGAACACGACGUCGUCAUGGCCUUUGUCAUCAUCCUUGAUCGUAUUUGUUACAAAUCUUAUACACCCAUUCUUUGUUCUUGAUUAAUUACAUAUAUCGAAUAUUUU